UGCUAUUGGUGUGACUUUUUUCUGGAAAGCAGUGGGUGAACAUUGUGCAUAUUUAAAGGCAUGACUUAACCCAGUGACUACGCAGCUUUCACUGAGAGGAAAAAGAAGCUACCCCAGAGCAUUCUGCAUGUGGGAAUAUCUUUUUUGCAGAGAAAAUGGGCCAGAAAUUAUCACAGGAACAUAACGAGAAGAACAAGGCUGACAUUCUCAUUAUAAACGAGGUGUUUAGCCAAGGAGUGGUCCAUGCAUCUCAAAAGCUGAAAGAAUACCUUGGAUUUGAAGAUCCUCAGAGCAAAUUCCGCCCAGCCAUGGAUACUUUAAAUGAGAUCUUUUUGGUUAACUUCAUCGGUUUCUGUAUUGAAAAAGGAGUGGAGGAGCGAAUCAUGACCAGCAAGAUGACAAAGCAACAGUCUUUGCUGCUUGGGAUUGACUGGAUCUGGACUUUAUCUGGAGCCGACAAACAAAUCAAUCUUCAGAUUGCCGUGCAGUCUUUGCAGAUGGCUGAGCUCCUCCACGAUGAAACUGGGCCCAGCAAGGAAGCCACGUUAGCAGGCCAGCCUUUCAAAAACAAAAGCAGGUUUGAGAAGCUGGAAGAGUUCUGCAUGCUGGUGGGACAAGACUGCCUGGGCCUCUUUAUAAUGUUUGGAGUGCCAGGGAAACCUAAGGAUAUCAGAGGAGUCAUGCUAGACAGCAUCAACAAGGAGAAACGAAAAAAUCACCUGUCAAGCAAGAAUGCUCUAAGGCAGUUCGUCUUGAACACUGAUAGCUUCCUCUCCACAAAAGAGAUGCUUGAAAACUGCCUCUGUAAGAAAAAUGGACUGAAGGAGGUGGGCAAGGUGUACAUUAACUUUCUUUAAACUCCUGGUUAAUGGUAAAAGGGCUGUUUAGCCUAUCACCAAAGAAUAUCCAGUACUGGUCUUUCGAUCAUCUAGCUACUUAGUCCAGGCAGUUGAUUUUUAUAGGACCCAAGAUGAUUAACUCUAACUCUAAUUUUUAA